ACCAAUUAACAACGCCCCAAAGCAGUGCCGUUGCCGCUCGAAAUAAUUCGCGACGGACGGUGAUAACGAUGCCAAUGAUGACAAGUGCGUGUGGACACAAACGCAGAUUACUUGGGUAAAAUCUCCAUCUUCUUGGCCAACACAUUCAGUGGAGGUAGUCCCUGUGUUCCGGCACAGCUCAUCAUCCCAAUCGAAACGGUGUCACACGCCCGAAAUUACGAAUGCCUCAAUCGCUUGCUCAGCCACAGUGCUAAUUCGCUGCGGGAUCAACCAUCGCUGGUUAAUGUGUGUUACCUUUUGUGGUGCUUCAGUGUGGCAAUCUGGCUAAAAGGGGUUUGUGGCCAAAGUAUUUAUGGCCUACUGCUGCUGCUGCUGCUGAUGUUGUCUUUUGUGCUGCGCAGCCAAAUCCGAAAAGACAAAAAAUCAACACAGCUAACUACGAAUAUUUACGAGAGCUCAUCAGAGAUUUUUGCGUGCGAUUAUCCGGUGAAGAAUGUUCGCACUACGAGCAUAUUUCAAAUCGUUUGAUAUCAUCCAUGUUCUGAAUUCAUAUGACCCGAAUGUCAGGCAAGGGGCUGGCUGGCUGCUUGUGUGGCUGGGCUGACUGUAAGGCUAGCAUGAGAUGACGCGAGAUGCGAGUAAGUACCCACGUACCCUUGCCAUUGGAUUCGCAUGUCCCUACUUCUCCACCUCCUCUUCCAGCCAAGAGCACAAGCAAACGCUGCUGUGGCGAGGAGAUGUGCUUUUGAUGUGUUUUCGUUAAGUUGUCGGAGAAGGCUAUAAAAGCAGUCGAAUGAGCUAAAUUUGAAUUAAACUGUAAGAGGAAGACCGCCCGGAAACAUUUAUCUCAGCCGCCACCAACAAAUUCGCACACACACACACACACACAAACACACACGCCCUUGGCCAAGCAAGGAAGGAGAAACGGAUUGCGAAUUGCGGUUGUUUGAUUUAUACGUGCGUUAAGAACGCCACUCGUGUAGGCAGCAUUUGUUGGAUGUUGGCGCUGGCAUUUCGAAGGAAAUACGACAACAUGACACAACCAGAAAACACUUGUCGCAGUAUCCUUUUUCUGCUGUCACUUGUAGUUCUUGGCAUUUUCGAAGGUCUAAGUGAGGCGGCCUUGGUACACCAAGAACAGCAUCAGCAGCCAUACCAAAGCGGCUACCAGCAGUCAUACGCACAGAAUACUUUCGAUCGUGACCAGAGGAAACCGGCCAAAUUGACUUCCCAUGUGCCCUACGAUGAAGUUGAUGGCUUGGGCAAUCGAGUGGUCGAGAAAUUCGACCAUCGUUAUCCUGACGGCAGUUAUGAGUUUCGUUAUGAGCUUAGCGAUGGAACCGCUCGCUACGAAAGAGGCUAUUUUCUCAAGAUCGACAAACUGAAGGAGUUGGUUGUGGUCGGCUAUUAUUCGUAUCGCAUGCCCAAUAACCAAUAUGUGACAGUAUUCUACAAUGCAGAUCGCAAUGGAUAUCGUCAAAAUCAAGCCUUUUCACGUGAGGCUUAUCCAAAUCUUCCGCGAACCAUCGAGGUGCCUGAAGCCGAACACGAGACCUCAGCUCGAACGACCAACAAACCAUCCUAUCUAACAGCGUCGACCACAAAGCGAUCAAGGCUAUAGGAAAGUUUACCCCUUUUCACAUAAGAAGUUCAGCUACAGCGCCAUAGAUAAAAUGUGACAAAGCCUUCAAACCUAUUUUCAGUAUUCCAAAUAUUGAUAUUAUUUAAUUUUAAAUAAAACAAAUUCAAAUGGUAGGCAUUUCUAUAAAGUAA